AUGCAACAAUUUGAAUCUCAAUUGGAGGCUAUGAAUAGUGGUGAAUUGUCUUCAGUCGGAGAUUUAGAGUUACAAUUAAGUGCUUGCAAUCGAAUUGUUUCUCUGUUAUGUAAUCGUCUUUCAACAGGUCAUUUUCAACUAGUACAAUUAUUAAAUAAUUUGAACCAGUGUGGUGAUUCACUUUCUGUUACUUUGUCAACUUUAUCCCAACUUAAUCCACAUCCUAGUAUUUCAGACAUAUGUUCCAACGUAACAUCAACACAUGGUCAAUUAAGACAUAUUCAGUCUCUCUUGUUAUCCCAUGAACAUGAUGCCUCAGAUGAUUUGAAAGUUAUUUAUGCAUUCCAACAAAAACUAGAAGAGCGCAUUAAACAAUGCAAAAUCAAAGCUCGAAAUUCACUUGAAACUGCUAAGCACAAUGCUGUUCAAACUGACUUUAUAUCAAAUAAUGAACAAAUUAGUCAGCAGACGUUUUCCAAUCCAAAGCCUAAUGGAUUUAAAAAUCCAGGAGAAAUUAGAUACGAAACUUUAUUAAAAUAUGGACUGGUUAAUCCAAGAAAUGUUCUCAAUCGUACAUUGAAACAUUCUAGUUUUUCUGAACCCGAUGAACCAACGAAGUGUGAAUUACAAGAAGCUUUAUUGAAUGCACUUGGUCAAGUGGAUCGUUUAAAAAAAUAUCGUAUAAAUCAAAGAACACGUAUUGAUCAGCUGCAAAAACGAUUAGAUCAUAUGGGAACUGAACUGGAUUCCAGUGUAGAUGCUAUUCGUCAUCAUCAAAAAAAUUAUGAAGCACAAAAACGUAGAGACUAUAUGGAAAUUACUCGUUUGCGUAAUCAAUUAGCUAAAACAACUGCUUCAUUAGAACAGUUCAAAUUAUUCUUCAGUAAAACAAAUCUAAACACUAGUUCUUUGGACCAAAAUAUGCGAGGCAAUGACAUAACUUCAUCCGGUGAAAUUUUAGUUGAUGAAAGUUUAAAAUACGGUAGUGCAAAAAAACCACGCAUCUUAAGUGAGAUUCAGUUCAGUAAUCUUCAUGUAUCCAAUAAGUCCAUGCCAGUAUCAUUAAUGGAAAAUAACAAUGAAGCAGUAAUAAAUAGUUAUCAAAAUUCGAUACUUCAUUCAAUUAGUGAAUUAAAGCAUGAUAACUUCGUUAGUUUGAACCAAAGUGUUAGUGAAGAUUCGUUACAUUCUCAGUUGUUACAGAGAGUAAAAGGAGCUGAAGAGGAAGCGAUUAUGGCUAUGGAUCAGUUGAAGGCAAGUAAUGCAGAGUUUCUUACUUUGAAAAAACGCUUAUCCCAUGCAACUGUAGAACGUGCAAAUUUAAAAGCAACUAUUGAAGGAUUAGAUGAACAGGUCGCGUUACCUGAAAACUCUUUGUAUGAGCGUACACAGGAACUUCAUAAAUGUCAAACACUUCUUGUAAAAUAUUGCCCAACAUAUCAAAAGCCUGUGACACCAUAUUUUGUUGGACCUGAAGUACCGACAUCGGAAUUAUCUAUUAAAAUACAUGAGCCAAAUAAUAAUUAUACAAGCGAACCAGCAGUUUUUAAUUUGAGAGAUCUUCAGUCGUUUGAACCUAAAGAAUCAUUUCUACGUUCUCCUUCCAUCAAAUUCAAAUUCUUAUAUCAAUUAAUUAACCAAAAGGAUUGGCUAUCUGUUUUAUUGAAGCUUUUGGUUGUACGUAGUCAACAACUAACAUCCAGAAUAUCUAGUGGUAUAAAACAUACUUCACUUCGUCUGCAAAGUCAACCUAGACCUAAACCUAUUUUUAUAUUUUUGAUCUAUUUCUUUUUUGUGCAUCUAAUGCUAUUACAUUGUUGGUUAUUAGAUUUUGUUCUGUUGAGAUCAUGGGGAAUACAUAACAAUAAUUGUUACUUUAUAUGUUGUACUUCUGUUGAACAUCCUAAAUGUCCACCAAUACCAAAUUAUGUACGUGCUGAACAAGUAAUUAGUGCGUGUAUAUUUCGACCAAUUCCUGAUUGUUCAAAUCAAUGCAAUUUAGUAUGGUUCUUAUGCAAUGAUUUAAAGCUGGGACUUCCUCAACGACUUCUAGAUAGAUCAUUGAAUUCUCUUCUACCUACAAUGAUGGCUGGUUUAAUCGAAAGAUCCAAAAUUUUUCACGGAUUCAUUGAGGCUUUCCCCGGCAUAUUCAUUCGGUCUGCAAUCGAUUUCCAGCUCUGUACGCAAUUUAUAAAUUAA